UAUUUUUACUGGACACGCUCGGCCGAAUACUCAGUUCAGUUCGGCAAUCAAAAUGUUUUACGUCGGAUAUGUUCUCGCUUUUCUAUAUUUCAAUGUGAUUUUGUACAGUUCUGCAAACUUUUUACCCGAAAAUGUGACGUUAGUACACUUAUUUGAAUGGAAAUGGAAUGAUGUUGCCUUAGAAUGCGAAAGAUUUUUACAGCAUAAAGGAUAUAACGCUAUACAGAUCUCUCCUCCAAAUGAAAAUUUAAUAAUUAAGGGACGUGCAUGGUGGGAACGGUACCAACCAGUUAGUUACACGUUAAGUACCAGGUCAGGAACUGAAGAUGAAUUUAGGGACAUGACAAAACGAUGCGCUAAUGUCGGUGUGUGGAUAUUCGCCGACGCAGUUAUCAAUCACAUGGCCGGUGGGAACGGUAUCGGGACAGCAGGAAACGUUGCCGAUGCCAUGCAACUAAAAUUCCCCGGGGUCCCGUAUGGGCCGAACGAUUUUCACAGUGCCUGCGAAAUUAAUAAUUACAAUAACGCUGAAAAUGUUAGAGAUUGUCGACUUAACAAUUUGAGGGACUUGAAUCAGAGCACCAGUUAUGUGCGAGAAAAAAUUAUAGAAUACAUGAACCAUUUAACACACUUGGGUGUGGCUGGAUUUCGAAUUGAUGCGGCCAAACAUAUUUGGCCUUCCGACCUCAAAUACAUUUAUUCCAAAUUAAAUAAUCUCAAUACCGAAUAUGGAUUUCCUCCAAACACAAAACCUUACAUUUACCAAGAAGUUAUCGACAGAGGAGGAGAAGCUGUGCACUCCAAUGAAUACACAAGUCUAGGUCACGUCACUGAAUUCAAGUAUUGCAAUUCAAUAUCGAACGUGUUCAAAGGAAACGAUAAGCUUACUUAUUUAGUUAACUGGGGAACUGGCUGGAGUUUCAUGGAAAGUCGAUAUGCGGUCGUUUUCGUGGACAAUCACGACACUCAACGUGACUCUGGUGCAUUGACUUACAAGAAUGCUAAACAAUAUAAAAUGGCCAAUGCCUUCAUGUUGGCACAUCCUUAUGGGACCCCCAAGGUUAUGUCUAGUUUCUUUUUCGACACCAGGGAUCAAGGUCCCCCACAUUAUAACAAUGAUAAUCUAAUGUCACCCAAAAUAAAUCCUGACGACACAUGUGGCAACGGUUAUGUUUGUGAGCACAGAUGGAGGCAGAUUUAUAAUAUGGUGGUAUUCAGAGCUACUGUAAGAGGCACAAACAUUAAUAACUGGUGGUCAAAUGGAGACCAGCAAAUUGCUUUUUGUCGAGGGAAUAAAGGAUUCAUAGCUUUCACUAAUUAUGGCGACUUGAACCAAAAAUUGCAGACGUGUUUACCUACAGGCCAAUAUUGCGACGUUAUAUCUGGCAAUUUAAUCAACGGAAAAUGUACUGGAAAGGUUAUAAAUGUGGAUUCACAGGGAUUUUCCAAUAUAUUUUUGGCAGCGAAUGACUUUGAUGGGGUUAUUGCCACACACAUUGAAGUUAAAUUAUAAAAUAUGUACUACUUUAUGAUAAUAUAUUGCUUUUAUAUAUGGAUUUGUGAUAUAGUAUAUGUAUUAUCUGUAUUAAUAAAUAAAGAUAUUAAAUAUUAA